CGCCUUGUCGCGGUGAAAUCGCGUCGAGUGCCCACUGCCCAUAGACUUUGCCAACCACAGCCAUGCAGUCCGGGAGACCAAUACCAAAUCAACCUCCGGUCAAGAUCUAUAAUGCUGUUUACUCCUCUGUUCAGGUCUACGAAUGCAUGAUCAGAGGCAUAGCAGUUAUGCGUAGACGCGGCGAUUCGUAUGUGAACGCGACUCAGAUACUCAAGGUCGCUGGGGUGGAUAAAGGAAGGCGAACGAAAAUAUUAGAGAAAGAAAUACUACCAGGGAAACACGAGAUUGUUCAAGGUGGCUACGGGAAAUAUCAGGGAACUUGGAUUCCAUUGGAACGGGGUCGUGACAUUGCCCAGCGGUAUGGAGUUCUGCCGUUGCUGGCCCCGCUAUUUGACUUCACACCAAGCACGAGCUCAUUAGCUGCGUUGCCAGUCUCUACCCCUAACAUUGCUUCAUCUCCACGUCCGUUAUCAGCUUCCUCUUCCUAUUCCUCUUUAGGGAAUGCGGGAAUGCCAGGGAUGCUCGCUCCUCCGCCAAUCAUGCCCGGUUCAGCUCUUCGUCUCCUGAAUCAAGGUCGAGCACAAGGCCUAUUUACCCCCUCCACUUCAGCCGCUGGAGUACCUGCUAGGACAGGACAAAGUGCCUCACCGGCCCUACCUUAUCACCAACCACAGUCUCCCUUCUUGGCCGCCUCACAAACACCGCCACCAUCACACUCUCUCAAGAGGCAUCGCUCGGACGGGGACAAUGAUUCCGUCACUACAAUACCAGACACACAAACGGCAAUUGAUUCCAGAGCUGCUUCUGUUGGCCCACAAGCUAACGGAAUGAGCGAGGAGGGCCAAUCACCGACGAAACGUUUGCGUAAGGACCCUACACCUCCAAGUGCGGAGCAUCCAGCCCCACCUAUCGCGUCCGAUUGUCCAACCAGUGUCGCUAGUGGGAAACAGACUCCUGUGACACCAUCGAACGAAUGUUCGCGUGUUCCACGUUUUGCCACCAAACCCUCCUUCCCUCGCAACCUGGACCCGACUGUUCCCUUGAAAGAUAGCCGGCGAACUACAGUUAUCUCGAACAUAUGUCAGAGCGAUGACUCCCCAACAGUUCUGACACUCUUACGCGAGAUUGCACCUUUAUCUGCAAUACAAUCUACCCCACCCUCUGGAACUCCUGCAUUUGAUGUCGAUACGAUUCUUGAUGACCAAGGUCAUACGGCCCUUCACCUAGCAACAUCCUUGUCUCGAAAGGACACCGUAAAAGCGCUCCUUGCAGAGGGUGCUGACGUACAUCGAGGGAAUCAUUUAGGCGAAACGCCUCUGAUACGCACCAUACUCUCCACCCACUCUUUCUCUGCCCAAUCACUCCCUGACCUACUUGACAUUGGUCUGUCACGGUCGAUCCUCACGGUGGAUACAUCACGCAAGAGUGUACUGCACCACAUUCUUUCCUUAGCUGGCGUAAAAGGUCGUGCAGUAUCAGCUCGGUAUUACUUGGAUCAAAUCUUCAUGUGGAUUGCCAACAAGAUGGACGGGGACUUCGGGUGUAUAGUAGAUUUACAGGAUGAACACGGGGACACGGCACUCAACAUCGCAGCAAGAGUUGGCAAUCGGUCAAUGGUCCGGUUAUUACUCGACGUCGGGGCCAACAGAACUUUGAUGAAUAAACUGGGUUUAAGACCUGGUGACUUCGGAGUAGAAAGCGAGGAGUUGGGAGGCGGACCGAAAGCUGAGGACAUCGCAUCAAUGUUACGAUCUGCACCUCCGGCACCUGUUCAAAAAUCUCAAGAUGUCAUCGCUGAUAUGACUGCAAUGAUUCAAGGCCUGUCGGGAGAGUUCCAGAGUGAAAUAAAAAUUAAACAGGACGCCUUGGAUGUGACGCAGGCGCAUUUACGAGCCGCAACGCGUGAAUUAUCAGAACAAAGGAAACAAAUUCAGUCGUGGCAGUCCAAAUGUGCAGAGUUAGAACUAUUGGGUCAGCGAAUUAAUAACCUGGAGAAAGCAGCAGACGAAGAGGAUAUGUGGGAUUGGACUGGUAGGAGCGGUGCGAAGAUUAUUCCUCGAGUAGGGAAACUAUCAGAAGGCGAGAGAAAUGAAGAAAGAAAUAAAGGUGGCGAUGUUGAUAUGGAUGCUGACGCUUCAGGAGAAGAGGAUGAAGAGGCUUUACCACCCAUAGUUCCCUUAGGUGUAUCGCCUGCAUUCCGUUAUCGAGGUACCUCGUCAACAUUAGUCGGUGGUGGCACUGAUAUGUCUGACAUAGCAGCUUUGCCAUCGUUUAACGUGGAUCCUGACCCGCCUAUACCCACCACGAAUACUGCUGAGAGUCUCAUCAGAUUACGGAGAAUCAUAAUGUGGCAGGCAAGGAUGGAAGAGCUCAUGGAGGAGAGGUUAAGAGGCCUGAGAGGGGCGAGCGCAGAGAAAGAGUAUAUGUGCCGGCGCAUAGUGAGUUUGUGUACAGGUGUGCCGGUCGAUAAAGUUGAAGGCAUGCUGGACAAUUUGGUCGUCGCUGUAGAAACGGAGGGUUCGCUCUUGGACAUCGGGAGAGUGUCAGGAUUCAUGCAAAAGGCAUGCCUUUCUUCUUCUCUAAAACCUCAUUUUGGUCACUAUAUUCCAAUAGGUUCGUGAUGGCAUUAUUUAGUGUUUUAUUGCCUUUAUAUAUCGCUGCUUUCCUUUGACUGGUUUUUUCCGCUAUCGAAUCUGUAUCUGUAUAUAAUUAUCCUGUUGAAAACAUGUCGCAUUGCAGC